AUGGAAACAAUCAAAGAAGAGCGCGAAGAUUUUGGUGCCAACAGUAUGAUGUUGAGCAACAUUGAACAGCACCCUGACACAGUCGGCGCUGAUGCCCUGGUCGUUAGAGAUGAAGAUCAAUCCGAGAGCGACACCAUGACCUUGGGAGAAACCGACAACCAAUCCCCAACCGACGACAUGUCCUUGGACGAAUUCGAAGAGUUCUCUGACGCUUUCAGCGCUGGUGCCUUGAUUGAAAGAGACUCUGACGAACAGUCGGAAGCUAGCACCGUCAUCUUGGCCGACUUCAACGGACAGUCUAACACUGCCGGCGCUCGGGAUGUGGCUAUGAUUGGCGCUCCAGAGCUGUCCCCGAAUGCCAACAAAUUCAACCCUGACAGUGACAGCGGCCCUGACGAGGAAAACCAGCUCGCUCUCACCCCUGAGCCCUCCACGACCCCUGGAGGAUCAACUUCACUCCACUACACAAUCUUUGACUCUCAAGAUGAUCAGAAGCCGAGCCUGUCACCAAGUGGUUCUGACACUUGCAUGGCCUGCCAAGAAGGCAGCGGUCGCCACUUCUUUGGCUACUGUGGCCCUUGCGCAUACCAGGCCGGUCGCUGGAGGCUAUGCGAUAUGUGUGAUCGAGUCCUGCCGUCGGUCGGAUGGAGAGGGAUCUGCUUCGACUGCAUCCCGGUUACAGAGUCAGAGAGGGAUUAUAUUUGGCCUCCUGGCACCGACAGCGUGAAAGAACAGCUGGGAUUGCCGCGAAUACACACAUGCCUUCGGUGUGGAAACGACAAGACAUUUGAGAAGACCUGUGAGGAGGCCGGGUCUUCCAUCGAGACUCUUAACGGGGAUAAUCUUAGUGAUAACCUCCAGCCACGAUACCCCACGUCGUCUUUCGGCCCGUACUUUUAUCACAUGGCCGUUCAGCCUGCGUUCCCGUACGCGGCCCUCCCCCAUCCACCCAUGAUGCCCGCGGCUCCAUUCCCCCAAGGUCCCGUGUUCCCAGCACUGUUCCCAGGUCAGCCGGUCCAGAUGCCCGCGGUGCAGAUGGACACCAGCUCAUACGGCGGGAACCCUCCCCAGACUUCUCUUGGAUAUCCCUACUUCCCAGUUGUGCCAGCUCAACAACCCAUGGCUGUCCCCGGGUUCUACCCCCAGUACGUCCCCGUCGGCUACUUUCCAAUCAACUACGAAGCUGUCUACAACGCACCCAACGGCCAUUAUGGCGGACCUUACCCUCCUUGGGCCACCGAGACCUGGAACGAGGAGAUGCCCGACACCAACGCGCAGAGAAUGGCGGCCGCCGAGUACCCUGUUCGAACCCAGACUCCUUACCCACCUCGCUACCUGCCUCGCAACGGCAGUGGAUUUGAGUACACUGGGUUGGCAUCGCAGACUCCCGACCGGGACCUCACUUCGUUCAUGUUUGAAGAACCGGGAACUACGAACAUACCAGGAAGUGCGAACAGAGCCACUACAGGAAGCCCUCUUGAGCGCCGACGCACCACUAGAGAGCCUUUCGAGUCUGCUCAUUCCUACUCCUACAGGCAGCAGUAA